GUCGUCUGGGCCGCCCCUCCCUCUUCUUCAGCCUCAACUCAGUCAAAUCAAAGGGAUCCGGCGGCGGCACGUACACGCGUUUGUUCAGGAGAGACCAGUUAUCUCCGCUGUGAUCGCUCCAUACGCUCCCACAGAGACGGGAACAUCCGUGAGAGACGAAUCCUAAACAAAAUACCUUAACGUAUCGGCAAAAGGAGGAAAAAAAAAAAAAAAAGCGACAAAAACCAACUGCCGCAAACCCGAAAAACACAGAAAUGGACGAAAAGGCGUUUACGAAGGAACUCGACCUGUGGAUCGAGCAGCUGAACGAAUGCAAGCAGCUCUCCGAGGGACAGGUGAAAUCACUAUGCGAAAAGGCAAAGGAGAUCCUGACGAAGGAGUCCAACGUCCAGGAGGUGAGAUGUCCGGUCACAGUGUGCGGGGACGUUCACGGCCAGUUCCACGACCUCAUGGAGCUGUUCAAGAUCGGGGGGAAAUCUCCGGACACAAACUACCUGUUCAUGGGCGACUACGUGGACCGAGGGUACUACUCUGUAGAAACCGUCUCUUUACUCGUAGCACUUAAGGUACGCUUUCGGGAGCGCAUCACAAUCCUCAGAGGGAACCACGAGAGCAGACAGAUCACACAAGUCUACGGCUUCUACGACGAGUGCUUAAGGAAGUAUGGAAACGCCAACGUGUGGAAGUUCUUCACAGACCUGUUCGACUACCUCCCCCUCACGGCUUUAGUAGACUCUCAGAUUUUCUGCCUUCACGGAGGCCUGUCACCGUCCAUAGACACACUGGAUCACAUUAGGGCCCUGGACCGUCUACAGGAAGUGCCACACGAGGGUCCCAUGUGUGACCUGCUGUGGUCGGACCCCGACGACCGCGGCGGCUGGGGCAUCUCGCCUCGAGGAGCCGGCUACACUUUCGGUCAGGACAUCUCCGAGACCUUUAACCACGCCAACCGCCUCACGCUGGUGUCGCGAGCCCACCAGCUGGUUAUGGAGGGUUACAACUGGUGCCAUGAGAGGAAUGUGGUGACAAUAUUUAGUGCUCCCAACUACUGUUAUCGUUGUGGCAACCAAGCGGCUAUCAUGGAACUAGAUGACACCCUCAAAUACUCCUUCUUGCAGUUUGAUCCUGCGCCUCGCAGAGGGGAGCCUCAUGUAACCCGCCGCACCCCCGACUACUUCCUGUAAACUCCCACUUCACCCUUGUACAGUCCAGUAUUGCCAUGAUAUGACUUUCAAGCUGUGUCAACAUGAAUGAGGAAUGGGAGCUGGGGUAGACUUUGGGGGAGGGGGGCGUUGCAGCUGUGCACAUUGUAUAUCCACACAAAGACCUAUUUAAGCAUUUUGCAAAAACAACGUCUGUGUCUAUGGAUGGACCAAAGGGUAUGUGCCAUUAUCAUUACAAUAUUAAUUGCUGAGACGUUGUAAUGAACCCCCCCCUCGAGCUGUAUGAGCUGUAUGUGUAAAUUCCUUAUUCUGUACAUGCUUGCUGGACCGACGGCACCGAGGUCCAAGACCGCAGUGGUUUCAGUCCCACCCACAGACCCUGGCUUAUAUUUAGGAGAUCUAAACAUUUAUCUGUUUGCACUUUUGUAAAUUUUAAAAGAAAUGUAACGUGUAAGAUGGAAAAAGAUUUCACACUACAGGUUUUUUUUUUUCUUCUUUUUUUAAAUUGCAAUUAACCCCCACCACAGACGAGCUUCACACAAGGCAUCUUUGUAUCUUUGUGUAACUCUUCUCAUGCAGCUUGGCCAAUUAUGAUAGAUGAUGGCGCGUCCGUCCUCAUCAACUCACUUACUCCCUCUGAACUACACUCUGUGUAUUGAAAAAUUGAAAUAAUAAAAAAUUAAGGUGACUCCUUGAUGUGAGUGUUUUCUUUAAUAUGCUUCUGGAAACUUGGAAUAUUAACUUUUGUUUUGGGUGACAUGGUCCUUUUUUGUUGGAAGGACAGGUUGUCUAAGGACCACUACGGAGUUUGAUCUGCAUUAAAGACCUUUUUUUGUAGAAUUUCAAUAACGAUACAUUUUAAUGCACAUUUCCUCAAUUUAUGAUAAUCUAACAUUCUACAAGGUAUGUUAUGAUUUUCAUAAACUUUGACGCAUAACAUAAUCUUUAUUAUAGGUGAGCCUGAGUCUUUGAAAAGGGUGUGACAAGGAAAUAGUCAUUUCUAAUUUAAACAAUUCUCUGCAAUGUACUUAUUUUACAGAUAAUGAUGAAAGAGACUUUUUAUGCCCAAGUACCAUAUAUAUUUUUGGUACCACCAACACUUUAUGGAAAUUGCAUAGAUGGAUUGAUACCGAUCAUAAUAUUAUUUUUGUUGCAGUUUUUUGUUGAUAUUCAACUCAAGUGCUGAGUUGCGUCUGAAACAAUUCAAUUUUAUUUAUAUAGCGUCUAUUACAACAGAAGUUGUCUGGAGGUGCUUUCCAGAGACCCAGAACAUAACCCCUGAGCAAUUAUUACAUAAACAACAAACAUUGGCAGAUAAAAACUCCCCUAGUGGGAGAUUGGAUGGGGGGUGGGGUGCCAAAAAGCCUCCAACGUGUUUGUGUAAUAUUUAUGAGAAAGAACAUGGAUACAGUAUUUGAGGGGAGGGGGGAGUGAUAUAUUUUUGUUUUUAUUUCUUCUGUGUUAUGGUGGAGGAAAAGUUACUUCACCACCUGAAAAACAUUGCUUGAAUUAAGGGGUUUCUGUCUAAAUAAGACAUGGAAAAACAUAUUUGUGCAUUCAUUUUCAGUAAGUUGGAUUGUUUCAAUGGCAUCUUUACAGGCCUUAACUAGAAAUCUAUCAGGCAGCUGCAGCUGAUCCAGAACGCUGCUGCCAGAGUCCUUACAAACACCAGGAAACUGGACCCCGUUACAGCGGUCAUGAAAUCACUACACUGGCUUCCAGUGAGUCAAAGGAUAGUUUAAAAUCUUACUGCUGGUCUACAAAGCACUGAAUGGUCUUGGACUAAAAUACAUGCUGGAUCUGUUAGUUCCCUAUGAAGCUCCCAGACCCCUGAGGUUCAUCUGGAUCUGGUUUGUUGUGGUUCCCAAGAACCAGAACCAAGCAAGGUGAGGCAGCGUUCAGUUAUUCUGCUCCUCACCGGUGGAACAAACUUCCUGUAGACCUGAGGUCUGCUCCAACUGUCAGCUCCUUUAAAUCAGGGCUAAAAACAUUCGUUUACUGAAGCGUACUCUUAAAUUAAAUACUUACUGUACCUGCUGUACUCUACUGCCCUUACUUUUUAACAACUUGUGCUUUUUUAUUAUUUUACCUCUUUUCUUAUCAUUUUAUUUCAUUUUAUUUGUUAUUUACUGUUUAAUUGUGUCUUUCUGCUUUUAAUGUUGAUGUAAAGCACUUUGAAUUACCUUGUGUUGAAUUGUGCUAUACAAAGAAACUUGCCUUGCCUUAAUAAA